UUUACCUAACAGAAUAAACUAUGGGGCAAGCCUACCCACGGCUUGUCCUCCUCGCCCUCGUGGCGUUGUUGUCUGCCGGCCUCUUCCCGCAGGCGUUAGGGAACGGCAAGGGCAAGGUGCAUGGCGGCGGUGCCGUCAACCCGCUGGUUGCCGGCAUCUGCUCUCGCGCCCCAUUCCCAGAGGUUUGCACGGCCACAGCCGGGCGCCAUGCAUCCAAGUACCCGGUCAUCGACAAUUUGGCCGUGCUGAACAUGCAGGUGGCCGCGUUCGCCAAGCGCACAGCGCAGGCGCGGAAGCACGUCGCGGUGGCGGCCCGCACUAUUCCACCGCCGCAGGCACAGGCCCUCAGGACCUGCGACACGAUGUACAUGAACACGCAGGACGCCAUCGGCGCGGCACAGCGAGCCAUCGCGUUCAAGGACACGGGCACCGCGAAGAUCAUGCUGCAGCUCGCUGUCCAGGACUUCGACUCGUGUGACCGUCCGUUCACCCAUGCCGGUGUCCCCAACCCCAUGGGUAAGUUCGAUAAGGAGCUCAGCCAGAUGGCCAACAACUGCAUGACGCUUGCAAACAUGAUAUGAAUCAUAUGCGGCCGGGGACGACUGUUUGGCAUGUUCUUACACUCCAGCAUGAGGUGGCGGCGCGCCGCAAGCAGGGAAUGCUUGGACAUGAUGAGCACUUGGUUUUCAUUUAAGAAUUCAUUGAAAUUACGAGUUACGUUGAGCAAACUCUGUGUA